AAGUGGUCCCCGCCCGGCGGGGUCGGGGCUGCGCGGCGGUCCCCGAGCGGCGGAGGCGAGGCGGGCGGCCCGGAGAGAAUCCCAGCCCUGGCGGCGGCUCGGAGCGGGUGCUGGGCCACGGCGCCCUUCCCUGAGGGGACGAAAACACCUCGGGGAAGGAAGGUUUCUCGCCGUGGAAAUUAACACAGCAGAAGUAGCCGAGAUGUCUGUGGACCCGAUGGCCUACGAGGCCCAGUUCUUUGGGUUUACGCCGCAGACGUGCAUGCUUAGGGUCUACAUCGCGUUUCAGGACUACCUGUUCGAGGUGACGCAGGCCGUGGAGCAGGUCAUCCUGAAGAAGCUGGACGGCAUCCCGGGCUGCGAGAUCAGUCCCGUCCAGAUUCGUAAAUGCACGGAGAAGUUUCUCGGCUUCAUGAAAGGACGAUUUGACAGCCUCUUUGGCAAAAUGGAGCAGCUGUUUUUACAGUUGGUUUUGCGUAUCCCGCCAAACGUCUUGCUUCCGGAGGAUAAAGCCCAGGAGACGCAUCCUUGUGGUGAGAAAGAAUUCCAGCUUCUCCAGAGAGAAAUUGAAGAGUUGCAGGAGAGAUACAAGACUGAAGCACGCGCCCAGCAGGCCCUGCUCGCAGAACUGGAGGAACAGAAAAUUGUUCAGGCCAAACUCAGACGGACACUGGCUUUGUUUGACGAGCUCGAGAAUGCUGGCAGAGAUCAGGGGACUAGUGAUUUUAGGGAGAGCCUGGCGUUCCUGGUCCAGAACUCCAGGAAGCUACAGAAUAUUAGGGACAGUGUGGAAAGGGAAGGCAAAAGACUGAAAGUAUCUUAACUUCUAGGCAGUAACAGGACCCGUCAGUAGAGUCACAGAGGAUUUAUGUCAAGGAUGAGUCUUACUCUCGUGAACCGUACGUUUCUCGGCUUCGCUUUGUUCGCGCUCUCUUGUACUCCGCAGCCCCCUCUUUUUUGGCCUGCUCUCCUGAGGUGUCCCCACACCCGCCUGGGCUGAUCUCUGGAGCAUCUGUCCGUCCCUCAGAGACUCUAGUAGGUGGGAAGGGUCCCUGGUUCAGUAACAACUCACCGAGGGGCACGACUGAGGAGGCAGAGCCGGCUUGGCCCGUCAGGGAUGUUUGUAAACGUUCCGCCUUGGUCAUGAGUCCUGUGUAACCUUGAUCCUUUUGACUCACUCUUUGGAUGCGAUCAAGUGAGAAAAGGGUUAAGUGGGUGGCUUCCUUAUUACCCAGCCACUGCCCCUGGAGAGAGCCAGCACAGACUGCCUGCCCGUGUCCACCCCCGUGUCUUACGUGGGGAAGUUAGCCAAGGGACAGAAGCAAGCAGAAAACACACCCGUGAUCUUUAGUAAAGAGGAAAGAAGUUGUUUUCGUUCCUAAAAUAAAUCCUUUCGUGAUCAGGCUUUCAGUGACGGGAAACAGUUUGCUGUCUGGGAGCCCAGCCGUGGAAGACCGUGCGUGGACAAAGAACUGGCCGAUCUCUCCGGAAUAGAAAGGGAAGCCUGGAAUGCAGCCAGUAGCAAGGUUUAUAUGAAAUGACCCCUAGGUAUUUGUAUAAUUUUUUCUCAUACUUCAGUUAGUUUUGGAAUCCGCGCUGUGCCUAAUAUUUAAUUAUCUUAUUUAUUCACACUCCUAAGCAUCAAAUAUUUAGUUCCCACAGUGGGAAAUUUUAGCUGUGUCUUGUGCUUAAAUUUAGUGGAGUCUAAUACUUUUCUUCUGUAACCCAUGUACAACGUCCUGUCCCCAGAGAAAGAGGAUAAAUAGUGCUGCUUGCCUGCCACGUCUUCCUAAAGAACAGGGUUUGGAGUUUCUCCUUUAUAUGGAAGAGGAACUCAGGGCAUUAAUAUUUGCGAUUAAAUAUUCAUAGAUUAAAGAUGCCUGUGUUUACCUGGAAUAUGUGUAUUAUCAAAGAGUCUUUUCUAGUCCUGUACAUUAAAUGCAUAUAUUUUAAAGGC